AUGGAGCAGGAGCAACGCGAGUUUCCCGCCAGAGAACGCCUGGAUGCCUUGGAGGGCGAGCUCCUCUGGGAACAACGUGACCUGGACGCACGUCGCCAGAUCCAGGAACUCACGGAUCGUUUGGUCCACGCUGAGAUCGCCUGGGGAGAAGCGAAACGCCGUGCGCAGGACGUGGAAGCUCGCCAGACCCAGAGUUCCAAUGAAACUCAGGGGAUGACCCAGAGUAUCACGGAAGCUGUACGUCUCGAGCGUGAGCGCCUGGAUGCCGCCUACGCCGAGCGCUGGCAACAGCGCGAAGUCGAAGCCGACUCGGAGCGUGCGCGCUGGGUUUCCGAGACCUAUGCGGGCUGGAAGGAACAAAUGUCGACGAUGGAGCAGAAGAUCCAAGAGCUCGAAGCGGAAAAAGAGCGAGAGCGGGAGGCUUCCGAGAAUAUCCAGCGCUUCCACGCCGGCCAAGUUUCAAGCGCGUCGCGCAACCGUCGCCCCUGA